UUAUUUGCACUCAUCAGUUGAGGGCUUCGGCUUCCGCAACAGCCGCUCCAGGUCCCUUUCCCCUCCUCCAAACUGAAACGAAGUUGCGGUUGCAGCUGCGGCGGCCGCAAACUGAGAGCAGAGAUGCUGCAGUUCCCGGCGCUGAUGCGGCAGUGGCCGUCGCCGCCGCUGAUCCCGGCGUCCACGCUGCUCCCCGUGCCAGCCACUUCACAGGAGGACGAGCUUCUCCUCGCCAUGGCCGAGUCCGACCUCGAGGAUAAGCUGAAUGAGAUCCGGAAGACCAACAGCCACCUGGUUAUCAUCGGGAAGCCCACGGGCGACACCAAGGAGGAGUACGACGCUGAGGUGGAGGACGACGAUGCAGACAACGUCGAGGAGUCUGACGGCGACGACUUCGACCAGGAGACCGGUUGACCCAGGCGGCUUCCCCCGUGCUUCGCUGGCUUCCUGGAGCGUCGCCAUCUCCGCUGCCCAGUCUGUAUUUCGCAAUCCCCGAGUCGCUCCUGCUAUCUGGAUGUAUUGUGUAACCCUAUUCUGCUGCUGUCUGUUCUCAGGAUCUGAGCACUUGUCAUGUGGACCUUGUGUAUGAAAUUACUAGAUGAUUAAUCGGGUCCAAUUUAAAUGCUAUACUAGUUUGCUCUAUCUGUGCCAGAUACUGCUACUUCUUGCCAUUUUAUUGUUUGUGCCAAGACCAAUAGGUCCUUGUCAAGUU